AUGAUGUUGGAUGCGACUCUUGUGAAAGAAAACAUGCCUACAAGUUAUUAUGAUGCGAAGAGAACGGUGUCGAAGUUGGGACUAAAAGUGAAAAAGAUUUAUUGUUGCAUUGGGGGUUGUAUGUUGUUUUAUGAUAAUGAGUUUAGUACAAAUGAUGGGGGAUUGGAGGAAUGUAAGUUUUGUCAGAGUCUGAGGUAUUUAGCCCACAGUAAAGGUGUUGAUCGAAAACAAAAACGAGUUGCAGUGAAGUCCAUGUUCUAUCUGCCAAUAAUUCCUAGAUUGCAAAGGAUGUUUGCGUCAAUUCAUAGUGCAAGCCAAAUGACAUGGCAUCAUACAAAUUCCAAUAGUUCAGGAAUGAUGCGACAUCCAUCUGAUGGCGAGGCAUGGAAACACUUUGAUAGAGUACAUACAGAUUUUGCAGCAGAACCCAAAAAUGUCAGGCUCGGGUUAUGCUUAGAUGGUUUUACUCCUUAUAUCCAAUCGUUAGCAAUUGCCUAUUCUUGUUGGCCAGUUAUUGUUACCCCAUACAAUAACCCUCCCGAGAUGUGCAUGACGAAACCUUACAUGUUUUUGACAUGCCUCAUUCCAGGAGCGUCGAGUCCAAAAGCAGGAAUAGAUGUUUAUUUGCAACCUUUAAUUGAUGAUUUGAAGAGGUUGUGGAUUAGAGAAGGGACUUAUGAUGUGUCUCGCAGACAAAACUUUAAUAUGCGAGCUGCUUUGAUAUGGACAAUUAAUGACUUUCCUGCAUAUGGCAUGUUAUCUGGUUGGGGUACGCAUGGCAAAAUGGGAUGUCCACAUUGCAUGGGACACACAAAAUCGUUUACUUUGCAAAUGGGUGGUAAAAGUUCAUGGUUUGACUAUCACCAUAGAUUCUUACAUAUGAACCAUGUUUUUAGAAAAAAUAAGAAUGCUUUUAGAAAAGGAAUAAAAGUAACAGAUCUUCCUCCCCCUCGACUGUCAUCGACUGAAGUAUGGAAUAGUGUUAGUGACCUGCCAAAAUUCACAGAUAAUGGUAAAACAUGCAGAAUUCCAGGAUAUGGGGAUACUCACAAUUGA